AUGAUAUCGGAAUUCGUGGAUAAGAUCAUUUUGAAUGAUGUUUUACCUUAUAAUGAAGAGGUAAAAAAUGAAAAAGCAUGGUAUGAGAAAGCUCUCUUGAAGGAUGCCCCACAUCAAUACCGUAAAUUGAGACUUCCGGAUGGCAAACCAUUGGAUAACGUGCUAGAUGUUAUUGGUGGGACACCGUUAGUGAAGCUGAAUAGAAUACCGCAAUCGAUGGGUAUUGAAUGCAACGUGUAUGCCAAAAUGGAAUUCUUGAAUCCAGGUGGCUCCAUCAAAGAUAGAGUCGCAGAACGAAUGGUUGAUAUAGCAGAACGGACUAAAAUCUUGAAGCCGGGUAUGACAUUGAUUGAACCAUCGUCUGGAAAUACUGGAAUUGGUCUGACGAUGGUUGGAGCCGUUAAGGGUUAUAAAUCUGUAAUUGUAAUGACCGAUAAAAUCAGCACGGAAAAGGCGACCAUUAUUAACGAAUUGGGUGGGGAAAUAAUCCGGACUCCAGACAACGUUCCAUAUGAUUCACCAUCAUCUUAUUUUGGUGUGGCAUUCGAGAUGCAGCAGAAAGACAAAGAUAACUCUGUGGUACUUGAUCAGUAUAUCAAUCCGGCAAAUCCCAUCGCACAUUAUGAGAGCACCGCAGCGGAAAUAUUGCAUGCACUGGAUAAAAAAGUAGAUAUGGUUGUGAUUGGGGCAGGAACUGGAGGUACUGUCAGCGGGGUUGGGCGACGUAUCAGAGAGGAGUGCCCGAAUGCCACGAUAGUUGGUGUAGAUCCAGAAGGUUCAGUAAUUAGUAAUGCUGGAGAUGAACGGAAGACUGCAUUUUUCGAAGUGGAAGGUAUUGGUUAUCAUUUUGUACCAUCCUUGCUGGAUUACAGUGUCAUUGACAAAUGGGUCAAGGUGAAUGAUGCGGAUACUUUCAAAAUGGCUCGUCGAUUGAUCCGUGAGGAAGGCCUAUUGGUUGGCGGUAGCUCCGGUUCCAACAUGGCAGCUGCAAUGCGAGAAUGCCACAAACUUAAGAAGGGACAGAACUGUGUUGUCAUUCUUCCCGAUGGAAUACGAAAUUAUAUGUCCAAGUUUCUAAACGACGAGUGGAUGUUGAAACGACACUUCAUGGCACCAAUUCAGCAAAUUCCUGUUGCACCCAGCGAAUGCUCGCUGAAAGAACCGCUGAAUUAUCAUCCGGAUAAGAAGAUGGAAUGGAAGUGGAGCACGAUAGAUCCAAGCAAAAAUGAAUGUCCUUUUCCAUUUAAACCAUGGCAUGGAGCACCGAACAGAAGCAAAGGAGAAACAGCGGAAAAUGCGAGGUAUAAAAAGAGAAUGGUCAUCGAUAACGUUCUGGAAGCAAUCGGUGAAACACCAUUAGUGCGUCUAAAUUAUAUACCGAAAAUGUUUGAUGUUAGAUGUCAAGUUUAUGUGAAAUGCGAAUAUAUGAAUCCUGGAGGAUCAAUAAAAGAUCGUAUUGCCUAUCGAAUGGCUGAACUGGCUGAAGAGACUGGUAAGCUGAAACCUGGAAUGACAAUAAUUGAACCCUCUUCUGGAAAUACCGGAAUUGGCUUAGCACUAGUUGCUGCUGUCAAGGGUUACCGCUGUAUUAUCGUGAUGCCGGAAAAAAUGAGCCAAGAAAAGGAAAACAUUUUGUUGGCAUUGGGUGCUGAAGUCGUACGCACCCCAACGGAGGCAUCAUUUUCAGAUCCCUGGUCACAUAUCGGUGUCGCCCUUAGAUUACAGAAAGAACUCCCCAACGCCGUCAUCUUGGAUCAGUAUAUAAACAUCGCUAAUCCUUUGGAGCACUACGAUAAAACUGCCGAAGAAUUACUGUACGCACUGAAUGAUGACCUGGAUAUGCUUGUAGCUGGUGCUGGGACAGGUGGUACCGUAAGUGGGGUCGGUCACAAACUAAAGGAAGUUUGUCCAAAAUGUAAGAUUGUUGGUGUUGAUCCUAUAGGCUCAAUUCUUGCGGAUCCAGAAAAUAGUGAUGUUUCAACUUAUGAGGUAGAAGGAAUUGGGUAUGAUUUCGUUCCUACAGUGUUGGAUCGUGAUAUUAUUGAUGUGUGGAUGAGAAGCAGUGAUAAGGAAUCAUUUGAAACAUCUCGGCUAUUGGCCAAACACGAAGGUUUGCUAUGCGGAGGCAGUUCAGGAGCUAGUGUUUUCUGCGCUAUGAAAGCUGCCAAAGAGUUAACAGAAAAUCAAAAAUGUGUUGUCAUACUGCCAGAUGGAAUCACUAAUUAUAUUGUAUUUUUAAUUUUUCGUUGCUUCCUUUUUUCGUAAAAUUUUUGGCACCUCCACUCAGAUUCAUUUUGAAGAAUCUUCAGGCUGUUGAGCGCUUACAAUGCUAUUAGGACGAAGUUUGUGAAUGACGAAUGGAUGAAGUCCCGCUUGUUUCACACUUGAAGUUGAAGGAAAGUAUGGAACGACUGCAACUUAUAAUAGAAACAAGUUUGAAUGUAGAAUUUAUUGCUUACAUUCAUUUCCAAUUACUGUCUUAUUCGUUAUGAAAUGUUUAAGUGUCUUGCUUGCACUGUAAUACAUAUCUAUGAGUAAAUUAU